AUGCCGGCCGCCCAGCUGCUGCUUCUGGCCUGCCUGGCGUGGGCCACGGGGGCCAGGACAGCCCAGCUCCGGAAGGCCAAUGACCGGAGCGGCCGGUGCCAGUACACCUUCACGGUGGCCAGUCCCAGCGAGGCCAGCUGCCCCGAAGAGGGCCAGGCCAUGGCGGCCGUGCGGGACCUGCAGAGAGACAGCAGCACCCAGCGCGCGGACCUGGACGCUGCCAGGGCGCGGCUCGGGGCCCUGGAGAGUCUCCUCCACCGCCUGCUCUCAGGCCAGGCUGCCGGGCCUCAGGAUGCCCACGGGGGACUGCAGGCAGAGCUGGACACCCUGAGGGACGAGCGGGAGCAGCUGGACACCCGAGCCCGGACGCUGGAGGUGGCCUACAGCAACCUCCUCCAAGAUCACUCGGUCCUGGAGGAGGAGAAGCGGCGACUGGGGCAGGAGAAGGAGGAUCUGGCCAGGAGGCUGGAGAGCAGCAGUCAGGAGGUGGCCAGGCUGCGGCAGGGCCAGUGCCCCUGCGCCCCCGAGGCCUCCCGGGACGUGCCCCCGGCCUCCGGGGAAGUUUCUCCGUGGAAUCUGGACAAUUUGGCUUUCCAGGAACUGAAGUCCGAGUUAACCGAGGUCCCUGCUUCCCGAAUCUUGAAGGAGAGUACCUCUGGCCAUCCCCGGAGUGAAGAGGGAAGCCAUGGCUGCGGGGCGCUGACUUGGGUAGGUGAACCUGUCACCCUGAGGACUGCCGACACCAUCACGGGCAAGUAUGGCGUGUGGAUGCGAGACCCCAAGCCCACCCAGCCCGCCACCCGCGAGACCACGUGGCGGAUUGACGCGGUGGGCAGGGACAUCCGCCAGGUGCUGGAGUACGGCCGCGCCAGCCAGUUCGAGCAGGGUUACCCCUCCAAGGUGUACGUGCUGCCCCGGCCGCUGGAGAGCACCGGGGCGGUGGUGUACGGGGGCAGCCUGUACUUCCAGGGGGCCGAGUCCAGGACCGUGGUCAGAUACGAGCUCAGCACGGAGACGGUGAGGGCGGAGAGGGACAUCCCCGGGGCCGGCUACCACGGACAGUUCCCGUACUCAUGGGGAGGCUAUACCGACAUCGACCUGGCCGUGGACGAGACCGGCCUGUGGGUCAUCUACAGCACCGAGGACGCCCGAGGGGCCAUCGUGCUGUCCAGACUGAACCCCGAGAGCCUGGAGCUCGAGCGCACCUGGGAGACCAACAUCCGCAAGCGGUCGGUGGCCAACGCCUUCGUCAUCUGCGGCACCUUGUACACGGUCAGCAGCUACUCCUCCCCCGACGCCACUGUCAACUUCGCCUACGACACGGACACCGGGAGCAGCUGGAGCCUGGCCAUCCCCUUCCAGAACCGCUACCGCUACAGCAGCAUGGUCGACUACAACCCCCUGGAGAGGAGGCUCUUCGCCUGGGACAACUUCCACAUGGUCGCCUAUGACGUCAGGCUCUCCCAGGACAAGCAGCCCUGA